GCUGGGUCAUGGGGGAGAGUCCGUAAAGCCUUUCCCCGCCAGCGUCUUAGCGUUUUUGGCUCCUAAAGUCAGCAGGGUCGUUUGUCAUCGCCGAGGCCGCGUCUGCUAAAGGAGGGACUCGCUCCGCGCCUGCUGGGUUCCUCUACGUUAUCCGUUGGUGCGGCCCUGAUGCUGCGGCAGGCUCCGAAUUCCUAGAACGCUGGAGCGAAUUUAAGAAGAUUUUGUUCAUGUGUAUGGUAUAGAAGAUGAAUUCGUCCUCCUCCACCAUGAAUGAAGAACCUGAUGCUCUCUCGGUAGUUAACCAGCUCCGGGAUCUAGCAGCAGAUCCAUUAAACCGCAGAGCCAUUGUCCAGGAUCAGGGAUGUCUGCCCGGCCUUAUUUUAUUUAUGGACCAUCCCAACCCCCCUGUCGUCCACUCGGCUCUGCUUGCUCUUCGAUACUUGGCAGAGUGCCGUGCUAACAGAGAAAAGAUGAAAGGAGAGCUGGGUAUGAUGCUAAGCUUGCAAAGUGUUAUACAGAAGACUACAACUCCAGGAGAAACAAAACUGCUGGCCUCUGAAAUCUAUGAAAUUCUUCAGUCUUCCAAUAUGGCAGAUGGUGAUAGUGUCAAUGAAAUGAAUUCACGUCGAAGGAAAGCUCAGUUUUUUCUGGGAACCACAAACAAACGUGCCAAAACAGUGGUUUUGCAUAUAGAUGGUCUUGAUGAUACGUUAUUUAAGCCUCGAGGGUAAAUCUGGUCCCUGUUACUCCAUCUUGACUGGAAUUGGAGGUCUCCCUGAAGUUGUCUUGAGCAGUGAUAAGUUAUAUACCUUCACAUAUUUAGGGGUGGCAACUGGUGGAUUACCACUUCUCUCUUUAGCUCUGCCAGGUAGGUUACAUUGGAUUAUCCACAGCUCUUUCUGGUUGUGGUAUUGGGGCGCGUAGCCCUCAGGAUUUAGGAUUCAGUAAACGGGUUGGGGACAACUUUUCAUAUGCAUAUUAUCCAUGACAUCGCCAAAUAAGUUAACAACGAUCUUACCGAAACUUGGGCCACAAGAUUCCAAAAAGUUUCUAGAAAGCAGGUUCUGGUAAAUGUAAAUUAAUUGAAUGAAAGAUAUUAAGAUAUAUAAAUUGUCACCAGUACCAUUUGUUUAAUGUUAAUGAAUGAAAACAGUACAGUUCCUUUUUAAAGCUAGUAGAAACCAAAUAAUAAAACCCAACAAAGCUCACACACACAAAAAUAUAGGCCACAUAGGGGGCUUCCCUCGUUGCACAGUGGUUAAGAAUCCGCCUGCCAAUGCAGGGGACACGAGUUCGAGCCCUGGUCUGGGAAGAUCCCACAUGCCACGGAGCAACUAAGCCCGUGCGCCACAACUACUGAGCCUGCACUCUAGGGCCCGUGAGCCACAGCUACUGAGCCUGCACUCUGGAGCCUGCGAGCCACAACUACUGAGCCCACAUGCCACAACUACAGAAGCCUGCGUGCCUAGAGCCCGUGCUCCACAACAAGAGAAGCCACCACAAUGAGAAGCCUGUGCACCGCAAUGAAGAGUAGCCCCCGCUCGCCACAACUAGAGAAAGCCCAUGCGCAGCAACGAAGAGCCAGCGCAGCCAAAAGUUAAUUAAUUAAUUAAUUAAUUAAAAAAAAUAUAUAUAGGCCACUAUAUCUUAAAAAUGUAAUUGCUAAAGUCCAAAAAAGCAAGUUAACCCUGAAACUGUACUGUAAUGUUUUGGCAACAUAACUUGGCACCUAGUAUGUGCCAGGCGCUAUUUUAGGCACCAGGGAUACAGCAGUGACCAAAAUAAGCAAAAGUUCUCAUAAAUCCUAUGUUGGACUUCAUUAAGCUAAUCUCAAAGUUGGAGGAGACAGUCAACAAGCCAAGUGUUAUAGUAUAGUAGAAGUGGUAAGUUCCAUGGACAAAAAUAAAGAGAAGGUAGCUAGGGAUUGCUAAGCGGUGGGAUGGUGGAUUAUAGUUUUAAAUAGGAUGGUUUAAAAAUCCUCUUAGAGAAACUGACAUUUAACCAAAACUUAGUGAGCCAGUGGAUAUCUGUGGAAGAGUGCAUGUUCCCAAGAAAGGGAGCCAUGAAUGUCAAGCCUUUACACAUAGACAACUAAGAAGAUACCUAAGAGUAAUAAAAGAAUGUGUCCUACCAUAUAUUAAAAUAUACUAUUAAAUUUCUUUAAUCAAAAUGAUGCAGUCUUGACAAAAAACAAAAAAUUAAAGAGUAAAGAAAGUCCUGGGGCUUCCCUGGUGGUGCAGUGGUUAAGAAUCCACCUGCCAAUGCAGGGGACAUAGGUUCGAACCCUGGUCCGGGAAGGUCCCACAUGCUGAGGAGCAACUAAGCCCGCGCACCACAACUACUGAGGCUACACUCUGGAGCCUGCGAGCCACAACUACUGAGCCCACGUGCCACAACUUCUGAAGCCCAUGUGCCUAGAACCCGUGCUCCGCAACAAGAGAAGCCACCACAAUGAGAAGCCCACGCACUACAAUGAAGAGUAGCCCCCGUUCUCUGCAACUGGAGAGAGCCCGUGCGCAGCAAUGAAGACCCAGUGCAGCCAAAAAUAAAUAAAUUUAUUUUAAAAAAGAGUAAAGAAAGUCCUGAAACAGACUCCAGUAUAUACUAGAACUUAUCCUAUGAUAAAGGAAGCAUCAGACAUAGUUUGUUCAAUAAAUGGUGCCAGAAAACUGACAGUUUUGCAGGGAUGGAAAGGGAAGAGGAGGGGGAAUCUUAUCAGAUACUAAAAAUCCAAAGUGUACUAAAAAGUCAAAUGUAAAAUAUUAAGCUGUGAAAUUAAAAUCUAAAUUAAAUUAAUAUUUAACUGAUAUCUUUAAGGGCUUCUUUAAGCAUAAAGGCAGUGGAAGAAAUUGCUUUAGGAAAGAACUCUAGUUUGACAGUACAGUUUUUGCUUUGUCAAAUGUUUUCUUAAAAGGUAAAAACAAGUAGGAAAAUAUUUGUAAUGAAUAAUUGACAUCAGGUUAGUGGCCUUAUUACCGUGUGUAAAAUAGCCAGCUAGUGGGA